AUGCAAUCAUUGGCCGCUUUCAUGUUGACUCUUCUUAGACGAUACGAGAAAAACAAUUCUGACAUGUGGAUGAGCAUUGGAUUACUUAUUAUAAGAGCAGGAUUUCAUUUUAUAUAUACGUUUCCGAUAAUUCCUUCACACAACCUUUCUGAAAAUCCCACUUCUUUUUAUGGUGAAAAGAAAAGCGAAAGCGGUUAUUAUUUCAGUCAUUUGACCUUGGUUGAUAUAAUUAUCGAUGGUUACGUCAUGUAUCGAUUGAUGCAGAUUUUAAAGAGUAACCCAAAAAUUGGAUAUUCUUAUCAAAAAGAUAUGUUUACCAUUGUCAUGUAUUGGAAUUUGUUGACCGUUGUGACCGCAUUCUUGUAUCAUAUAUUCAUAGCAUUAAAUAUUACCGAGAAUAAGGUGUCUAUUACAAGUGUGACCACACAAAUUGCUCUCUCUUAUCUCAUCACUAUAGAUACCGGAAUCAAGGGUGGAAAUGAGAAAGUUAUGAAAUUCAAUAUGUAA